CUCUCCGAUUUAAUUCGAAUUUAAUAUUUAUUUUUUUAUGAUUCUUUCUUUCUCUAUAAAUUGGGUGGACGCUCUCUUUUGUUGAUCUUGUUUCCUUUCCCGUCCGUCUUCUACCUCUCACCUAAUAUUUGCUUCCUCUUUCCCUUUCUGUUAUGAUAUCUCUGUAACAAUUAGGGUUUCCUUACACAGGCAGCCAAGCAGCUCACCUCCUCACUCCAACUUCAGGUUUUACGGCGUCGUUUCCAAGCGAGGAAGAGAUGAAUCACUGUGCGAUUCAGCAAGGAAACGCCCUAUCAGCUUGCGAUGACAUGAGGGCUUGUUCAAGAGACUCGGUUGUUUGUCCCAAACCUCGCCGUUUUGGCCUCCUUAGCGUCACUCACAACGAUCCCGUCAGAUCUCUCCGAUGGCAUCUCGGCCACCAAGCGGAGCUCUAUGAUUCGAAAGCAGGGUCUGAUAUUUUGGACAUCCUCCUCCCAAAGGGAUCUUUUGGUGUUGAACCGUUUUCAUGUACAGAAAUAGCCUCGCCGCACCCAUUUUUCUGCGGGUCACCGCCGAGCAGAGUAGCUAACCCAUUAAUUCAGGAUGCUAGAUUUGGUGAUGAGAAACCCACCCCAUUGUCCCCACUGUCGCCAACCGCUCCCCCAUUGGACCUUUUGUCGUCUCCUUCAUCAUCAGCGAGGAAAGGAGGCUUUGUUCGGGCCAGUUUCGGGAACAAGCCAGCGGUGAGGGUCGAGGGGUUUGAUUGCCUGGACAGGGAUCGACGUAAUUGCAGCAUCCCUACCCUGGCAUGAGAUCCCAAUUCAACCGAUGAAGGUACAUAGCAAAAAAGACUGAGCUUAAAGUUUGAAUAGACAACCACAAUACUUUGAUAGCAUGUGAGGAAAUUUUGAAAUUUUCAGCGCUAGAACUUCAACGAUCCUUCUGCAUUGUGUAAAUAUGUGCGAGGGAUUUGUGUAAAUGAAAUGUGUCAGUGUCGAUUAUGUAAAUGAGAAUGUUAACCAAAUAAUAGUUGUUACAAGGGGGUGGUGUGGUCUAUCACAAGUUCACAACACCCUCUUGUAUUGUAAAAAGUAGAGUCUGUUGUGGGAAAAUUUUCAUUGUGUUUCCAUGUAUGUGUAUCGGAGUUUAAACUAGCGGCUUAUGAAGCGAAUCUGUAUGUAUUGAAGAUUCUGUUUAGUCGAUCUAAACUGUUGUUUACAGUGUAAAUAAAUCAUUUGUGUUUUAGUUCA